AUGGACUUGUCACCAUCGAUCUUGGGGAAUGAAUGUGAAUAUGAUGAUCCUUUGACACAACUUCCAAUUGAUGAUGGUUUGCCCCUCGAGAUUGACCCUCAAAAUGCUCUUCUUGUAAAGCAUUGUGACAAAUGCCAGAGAUUCUCGAGAAUUAUGAAGACAGCACCCGAGAAGCUCACUCUCCUCACUUCUCCAUGGCCAUUCGCAAAAUGGGGGGUGGGCAUCGUCGGCCCAAUGCCUGUAGGGAAGGGGGGUUGGAAGUUCUUAGUUGUAGUUGUAGACUAUUUCACUAAAUGGGCCGAAGCAGAAGCAUUAGCAGCUAUAACUACAACGAGCAUCACAAGCUUCCUCUGGAAGUGGUGUUCAGAACUUCGAAUCCGAAACUACUAUGCCUCAGUACUAUAUCCAAAGGCAAACGGGCAGGUCGAGGCAACAAACAAGACCCUGACGUGUGAGAAGGGAUUGGUAGUUCGUUGGUGUUCUCAACUAGAGGUAUUAACUCACGAGACAGUGGGAUGCUUUGUUACACACUGUGGGUGGAACUCUACUUUGGAGGCCCUUAGUUUUGGUGUGCCAAUGGUCGCAGUCCCACUUUGGUUAGAUCAGAUCACGAAUGCAAAGUAUAUUAUGGAUAUUUGGAAGAUGGCACUGAAACCUUCGGUGGAUGAGAAAGGGUUAGUUAAGCGAGAAGCAUUAAAACAUUGCAUAAGGGAAAUAAUGGAGGGAGAGAGAGGGAAAGAGAUAAAGAAAAAUACCUUCAAAUGGAGGAAGUUGGCCAAAGAGGCUGUUGACGAGAGUGGAAGUUCUGAUAAAAACAUGGAAGAAUUUGUAGGCAAAUUGGUUGACUCUUAUGCCUAG